UCGUUGCCGGGUAUCAGUUUUUUAAUGCUAUUUAUUUUCGGCUGCGAUACGUGAAUGUGAAAUUGGCUGGUUUGCAUUAAUUAAUCAAUGAAACGUCAUGUUCGUUCAGCUAAUCGUGACGUUAACGCAGCCGAUGAAUAAAACUGGGAUGAGUAGAUCAGAUUUUCAUUAAUACUGACCGGAAAUGCACAGCAUUUUAAUGAUCGCCGCUUAACUGCCGACGCGAUCUCCCGAUGAAAACGCUUAAAUGGCCAUAGCGCGCUUAUCAGCUUUAAUCGGCUCGGCACAGGCUGUUGUUGGAGGGAAGUGCGAACGGCGAAGGCGCAUUACGGGGCACUCAAAUGUCGGAAUAUUUAUUUGGAAGGUUUUCAAGCGACAUAAAGUAAACUUUGGUCAGCAAACGAUAAAUCACGUUUUUUAUGCAUCCGUUUUUCUAUUGCGAAUUAUGCUGCCGUGAAGCGAGUGCGCGCGCGGUGCGACCGAUCGCAUGCCGGUAGGACAACUGUUUGCACGGCCCGCGCGCGAUAUAUGCGGGCUGCUGUAUUAUACCGGGCGUCCAUAUAUCGAAGAAGCAUAAAACCGUAAACCCGUUGAUCGAUGCUUAAGUGGCGUAACUGAUAUGCCGCCGCUUAUUCGAUCACCACGGCAAUAUUUCCACUGGCUGCUGGAGUGUGUAAGUUACAAACAAGUGCGGUUUUUACUCAAGACAGUUUUUUUCCCUUUUGACGCUUAAGAGCAGUAUCUGUAUUCCAUAAGUUGACGAUUGACGUGCUGCGACGUUGUGGUGCGAUCAUCAAUUCCUUACUCCCAAAAAUGGAUCGUAAUGCACGCUCCAAUGGAAUUCUGUCCACACCGUCGCAGGAAUUCGACCUUUUUGCUUGUCUGAAAGCACUGGGAAUAUUGGGACUUCUUGAAGCUGUUCUUGGAUUAACCUGCUUAUGCACGGAAAUUGCCGGUUUCACAUUUCGGUAUGAACUUCACCGUCCAUACGCAUUAGAAGCUGCGGGUAUAUUAAUCGCCUUAAAUACCAUGUUUACUGGAUUGUGGGGAUUUCUGACCAAGCUGGAAUUAGUGACGGCCCGAGCGCGGCACUGUAUGCUACUGUUGGGCAUAUCGUUUACACUGGUAUCUGGAGCAGAAAUAUUUGCCAUGCUGAUGUUAUCCCUGAAUUGCGCCCGGUCAAACUAUUACGCCUAUCAUAACAGCACGCGGAGUGUCAAUGAUGUUACUGAUUUAUAUGAAAAGCGCCAUGAACACGACGUCAGCGGUAUCAUGCUGGCCACGAAAGAGGAAUAUUUCCUGCUUUUUGUCUUGCGAACGAUGGAUGCGGUAUUGUACUUCGUUCUGGGAUUUUUAUUUCUGGCCACGUUUCUACUUAUAUGCCGUAAUCUGCGACGGAUACAGAAACGCGGCUACGGUUUCUUCCCUAAUUACCGUACGGCCAGGGAAGGGCGGACAUUUUUUGGAAAAAAGAAAAGCGUCAGAUUUAACGAGAAUGGAGAGCGGGCAGUGACGGAUCCUGACGGUUCACAGUGGAUAUUAGCCACGCCAAGCAAUCAACAGGAGUGAAAAUCACAGCUCCGGAAACGCUUCUGGCAGACAGUAUUACAUAGCAAACAGACCAAUGCCGACAUCGUGAUUGCCGAUGGAUAGUUAGCGCAACAGCGAUCCCGGUAAAAAGAUUUUCCAACGCGGUGCACCAAGAUACGGGCUUCAUGCUGCUUGGAUACGUAAAGGACAGUGUCAUAGUUAUUGUGUUGAUUUCCAGGUUUGCCGUAUUUAUCCAUCCAUUGUUGACCUUUGUUUCUGAAUUUGUGAUACUUAUAUAGCUGAUGUAAGUAUAAUUUGUUUAUGAAAGUUUCCAAUACAGGCGUUUUUGUUUUUCUGGUUUGUUCCAUUUUGGUACCCGUACUUCUUUUUGUACCAUAUACACAUUUAUAAUAUGCCGCGUGUCUUUCACAAGAAUAAACGUUUUUUUAUUUG